CCACAAUUGAUCGAGUGGAAAUUCCAGUCAUCGUUUCGCCCGAGGGGAAUUUAGAUAUAUAUAUUUUGCCGCGUCGCUGUAUUUCUCCCGUUAUCUUGCCAUUAUUCGAUCGGAUUGAUGCACCUGUACAUGUACCGAUGACGUUUGCGAAGCGGGAGGCGUCGGCUUCCUUGAAUACCAACAACCAUGCAAAUCAGGAUCGGCCCGACAACCCAACGAACCUAACAAUUGAGCAAUCCGCCACGGCGUUGGAACCCCCCGUGUCACGCAUCUCGAGCAAUCGCACGUCGGAGGUCUCGAGAGCAAAAGACGAAGAUGCGAUCGAACGGAGCACGAGCCCCGAUGCAACCAGCGAAGACGGAAAUAGUUCCGCGGGGCAGGUGGCGGUGGAUGUUGAGACGGGAGCAGAUACAGUGGCAUUGGCAAGAGAUGGUCCUCCUGAGGGAGGCUACGGAUGGGUGUGUGUGCUCUGCGUUGCAGGAAUCAAUGCCCACACAUGGGGUAUGAAUAGCUCGUACGCUGUCUUCCUCGCCCACUACCUCAACACCAACACCUUCCCCUCCGCCUCCCCCCUCGACUUCGCCCUCAUCGGCGGCCUCUCCAUCGGUGUCUCCCUCCUCAUCUCCCCCCUCUCCACCUACCUCCUCCACACCUUCGGCACCCGCCCAACCCUCCUCCUCGGCACGUCCUUCCUCCUCCUCUCCUUCCUCGCCUCCUCCUUCGUCCGCCCGGGCCAGCUAUGGCCCCUCUUCCUCUCCCAGGGCCUCUGCUUCGGCUGCGGCCUCGGCAUGCUGUUCGUCGGCUCCGUCGGCAUCGUCCCGCAGUGGUUCCAGCGCCGGCGGAGCCUCGCGAACGGCAUCGCCACCGCAGGGAGCGGGCUGGGGGGAUUGGUGUAUUCGUUUGCGUCGCAGGCGUUGAUCCGCCAGGUAGGGCUGGCGUGGUGUUUCCGCAUCCUCGGGAUCCUCACGACGGUAGUCAACUUGGUCUGCAGCCUGUUGGUACGCGAUCGCCACGCGGCGGUGAAGAGCGUGAUGACGCCGUUCGAGUGGCGGUUCUUCGCGCGGUACGAGUACCUGCUGUUGACGACGUUCGGCGUGUUUAGCAUGCUGGGGUACGUGGUGUUGCUGUUCAGCUUGCCAUCUCAUGCGGCGUCAUUGGGGUACACUUCGGCGCAGGGGAGCAUCCUCGCGGCGAUUAUGAACUUGGGGCAGAUGCUCGGGAGGCCGCCGGUAGGGUACUUCAGCGAUACCGUCGGGAGGAUCAAUAUGUGCGCCGCCAUGACGGCGACGUGCGGGGUGUUCGUGCUGGUCUGGUGGAUUCCGGCCACCUCUUUUGGGGCAUUGGUUGCCUUCGCCCUCUUCGGAGGGUCGGUCGCGGGGACUUUUUGGGCGACGAUCGCGCCGGUUACGGCGGAGGUCGUCGGCCUCCAGGAGUUGCCUGCUGCACUUAGUAUCUUGUGGCUGGUCAUCGGACCCCCAUGCAUUGCGAGUGAAGUGAUCGGUUUGGAGUUGGUCAAAUCUAACGGGGGGAGAUACCGGGGAGCACAGCUAUUCUCGGGUUUCAUGUAUCUAGGCGCUGCGCUAUGUAUGGUGUUCUUACGGGCUUGGAAAAUCAAGGAGGUAAGGAGACUGGCCAGGGAAAAGGAUGUUCCCGUGGACCAGAUCAGUGUGGUCGACAUGGACUCCAAGAGCAAGGAAGGAUAUACCACGGGGCUUGACAAGGAGAUUGGAGUGGAUGGAAAUAUGGGAGACGGUCGAGCGGAUUCAAAAAGGGAAUCGGUGCGGGAACGCAAGACGAAGCGCCGCGACAGCUUCUUAGGGUUAAUAUUUACCUGGACCAAGGUCUGACGGAAAUCUCGCACAUAAUACCACAAGACACCAUAGAAAGACUAGUCGUCCAUAUAGAAAGGCCUCCAAUGCCAAGGAAAUUGUCAUUCAUAC